CAAUUUUUUCUUAUUGUAAAUUGAAUUCUUGAGGCAAAAAUCAGUUGGCUAAUCAUCAUGUCUAAUAGGUUUGUCUUGAAUGAGUUAUUUAAAAUUGAGAAGUUGAAUGGAUUUAACUCUGCUAUGUGGAAACAUAAGGUGGAAUAUGUCGAUUCAAGAUAAACUUUAUACAUUCUAAAAAUUUACAAUCAGAAACUUAGUGGUAAACCAACUGAAGAUGAGAAGAAGAAAUUAGAAAAAAAUUGAAAAAAGAUGAUUUGAUUAUUAAGUUGUCUUUGUUAACUUUCAUGCAAGAGGAUUUAAUUAGAGUGUCUGAAGAAUAUGAAAUGAGAAGAACAAUGAUAGAGGUAAUAGCUAAAAAGUAUGACACAUAUUCAAAGAUACAUGUUCAACUUCUUCUUGAUAGAUAUAAGUCUUAUGAGAUGUAAGAAGGAAAUAUUAUUGUAAAACAUGUUAAUAAAAUGUUGGUGAUGGCUAAAGAUCCUGCAAUAGCUGGAAAUAAAAUUUAUGAGAAAAUGCAGGUCUCGACCAUCUUGAAUAGCUUGCCUCCUUUAUGGAAAACAAUUAUGGUAGCUUUAAGAUUGAAUGCCAAAUUUUUGAAUUUAAUGGUCUUACCUAUGCAGCUGGAACUUGAACAAGAACACAUGAAUAUAGUUAAAAAAAUGAAUACUUGAUUGUUCAAGAAGCCCCAAAACAAAAUGAUAAAAAAAUCUUUAAUAGUAAUAGAUUCAAGGGUAAAUUUAAUAAAAAUGGAGGAUAGUUCAAAAUUAAGGGUAAAAACCCUUUUUUCUAAGAAACUCGAGUGGAUCAAUCAAAGAAAUAUUGUUUCACCUGUGGAAGUCUAGACCAUUUGAAAGCAAAUUGCUCACAGAAUCAAAAUAGAAAUGGACAAGUAUAAAACAAAUGGUGGAAGGAAUUUUGUUUGUGUUUGUUCUAAAUACCUCUUUGUUGAUCGAGAUAUCAAUGGCUGGUGGAUUUAUUCAGGGGCAAAUCGUCACAUCACUUGCUCCAAAGAUUUUUUUGAAAAUUUUGAGGAGUUCAGAUCAAGUGAAAAGAAGAUCUACAUGGGAAGUUGCACCUGUUCAAAUGUUUUAGAUGCAGGAACCUGCAGUCUAAAUGCUGGGCAAGAAGAUUUUGUUUUAAUCUGUGUAUUUUAUGCUCAAUGUGAGGCAUAAUAUUAUUUCUAUCUCUGUCUUAUUCCAAAAAGACAUUGAUGUACUCUUCUUAUUGGUUAAAAUAAUCACUGGAAAGAUGGUUGCAUUGAUGCUUGGGACCGACUUGUUGAUGGUCAUAAUUUGUUUAUGCUUAAUGGUGCUGGUAACAAUAGUAAUGCAUCUUCUUUUGCUUAUAUUGGUGAUGCUUUGUUUGUUGAUUCUUAUACUUGACAUUCUUAGACUUGGUCAUUAAGGUAAGGAUAAAACAAAGAGAUUAAUUAGUAAAGUUUAAUAACUAAUUUAGAGAAUGUUGAAUUUAAACAUGUGAAUAUAGCUUAUCUAGUAAAAUGUCUAUUUCCUUUUCCAAAAAGAAUUAGGGCAAUCAUUGCUUGAUGUUAUUUACUAUUAUAUGGUAGAACUUUGAAUAUAAAAAUACAUAGAAAUAAAGAAAACUUUCUCAUUUUAUUGACGAUUUUUCUGGAUAUGGUUAUGUCUAUUUGAUCAAUAGAAAAUUAGAAACCUUAAUUUUUUUUAAAAAAAUACAAAACAGAGGUAGAAAACCAGUUGGGUAGACAAAUUAAAGUCCUUAGGACUGAUAUAGGUGGUGAGGUUGAUUCCGUUGAGUUUACUCAAUUUUGUAAAGAAAAUGGAAUUAUUCAUUAAACUACCAUCCUUACUCUACACAUCAAAAUGGUGUUGUUGGAAGGUAUAAUAGAACUCUUUUAAAUAUGACUGGAUUUGUGGUUGCAUAUGUUUCUCUGCCUAAAGUUUUCUGGCGUGAAGCAUUAAAUAUUGCAAUGUACAUAUUAAAUAGGGUUCCCAAUAAAGUUAUAGAGUCUACCUUAUAUAAAUUAUGGAUGAGUAGAAAACCCCGCCUAAGCAACUUAAGAAAAUGGAGUUUAUUAGCUUAUAUAUUAGUACCACAACCUCUUAGAAGUAAGGUGGAUACUUAUUUUGAAAAAUAUUACUUAUCUAGAAGCUUCAAAAGGAUAUAGAUUUUGUAAUGAAGACAAGGGUUUAGUCAAAAGUAGAGAUGCAAUAUUCCUAGAAGAACCUAAUCAGAACCACCGAUCAAUAACUAAUGACCCUCUAGAAGUAACUGAACAAAGAAGUCCACUAGAAUUUAUCAGUGAGAACAUCAAUGAAAGUGGCGAAUCUUUUUUAGAUCAACUUUGUGGUAGGAAAAGAUCUCGAGAACCUCCAUUAUAAUUAGAUGAUUAUUAUGCUUAUUUAAGUGAAGAAAUAGAAAACUUUAUAAACUUAGAUGAGAUUGAUGAAUCUGUUAACUUUAAAGAUGCAAUAACCUCACAUGCCAUAAGCAUUUGAAUUUGGAUGUUGAUAAUUUAAGAAUGCAACGAAAGACACCUAAGAAGGAAAGGAAAGGAAAUAUGGAUAGGACUUCAAUACCAUAUUGCCAAGUGGAUUAGUUUAGUUCUUUGCAUAUGGAUUUUACGAGCACUUCCCACCUUAUUUGUCUAACGUUAGAAUAUUGUUUAUCAUCUGGGAAUUUAUGCUAUCUGAUAUACUUGCAACUAUUUAUAUGCAAUUUCAUUUGCUUCUGAAAAUUGUGUGAUUUUCUUUGGAUUUGUUUUCUACUUUCAUAUCCUUCUUUCAGUAUGGUUGAAGAAUCCCAGCAUAUCAUACAUACGACAAAGUUGUAGUGUCUGAAAUUAAAAAUGAAAACUCUAUUGGAGAUCUUACAAUUUCUUAGCCUUUAACAUUUAAUACAAUUAUUUUCCAGUCUUGUACAGUAGUAGAGGCCUGAUCAUCUCUGCUGCCAGCUUUAUCAGAAUGUUGUUCCUAUUGACUUACAAUGGAGCUUAAGCUUCAGAUACAUAAAACUUUAUUGUGUUUUGUUACAGAUGUCCUGAAAUAUAUGUGGAAUUAAGAUACAAAGUCCAGUAGUCCAUCAAGUGACUAAUGGCUGAACUCCGGACUCAAUUAUUUGAAAUUUGAUGUUUUAAGAUUAUUUUGAGCAUUUCCUUUGACUAUCACUGUCAAAUUUAAUCUAAGAUAAUCUGACUCAUUGCCAUGGUCAUGCACCUAUGGAUAUUGUAGCUCACACCAUUGUUAAUGGGAAUGGUGUCUGACCUUUUUAAUAUAUGAGUUCUGUUACAUUGUCUGUCCUGCUAGGUUGAACUGUUGCUUUUUCCCCUUUUGUCUGUGAACUUUGCAGUUUGCACAACUCAUCUAUGCACUAAAGGAAAUUUGCAGAUUUUGUCAACCUCAUCUACAUCGUUUAGUAAUCAAGGUCUAAUCAUUUUGCAGAUCUUAGCCCUUCGUGAACUUGUAAAUGGGAAAGGAGACGGUUCACAUUAACAUUGUGGUCAUUGGCCAUGUCGAUUCUGGGAAGUCCACUGGACAUCUCAUAUACAAGCUUGGAGGCAUUGACAAGCGUGUGAUUGAGAGGUUUGAGAAGGAAGCUGCUGAGAUGAACAAGAGGUCAUUCAAGCAUGCCUGGGUUCUUGACAAGCUUAAGGCUGAAUGGGAGUGUGGCAUCACCAUUGAUAUUGCACUGUGGAAGUUCGAGCCCACCAAGUACUACUGUACUGUCAUUGAUGCUCCUGGGCAUUGUGACUUCAUCAAGAAUAUGAUUACAGGAACAUCUCAGGCUGACUGUGCUGUCCUCAUUAUUGACUCCACUACUCGUGGGUUUGAAGCUGGAACACCUCAGACUCGUGGGCAUGCCCUUCUUGCUUUCACCCUUGGAGUGAAGCAAAUGAUCUGCUGCUGCAACAAGAUGGAUGCAACCACACCCAAAUAUUCCAAGGCAAGGUAUGAUGAGAAUGUGAAGGAGGUUUCUUCAUACCUCAAGAAGGUCGGCUACAACCCUGAAGAGAUUCCCUUUGUCCCAAUUUCUGGUUUUGAAGGUGAUAACAUGAUCGAGAGAUCCACCAACCUUGGCUGGUACAAGGGCCCAACCCUACUGGAAGCUCUUGACAUGAUCCAAGAGCCCAAGCGUCCAUCAGACAAGCCCCUGCGCCUUCCCCUUCAGGAUGUCUACAAGAUUGGAGGCAUUGGAACUGUCCCUCUGGGGCGUGUUGAGACUGGAAUCCUGAAGCCUGGAAUGGCUGUCACCUUCGGGCCCUCUGGCCUCACGACUGAAGUCAAGUCUGUGGAGAUGCACCAUGAGGCUCUCCAGGAAGCCCUUCCCGGUGACAACGUGGGCUUUAAUGUUAAGAAUGUUGCAGUUAAGGAUCUGAAGCGAGGGGAUGUUGCCUCCAACUCUAAGGAUGGCCUGGCCAAAGAGGCUGCUAGCUUCACCUCACAAGUUAUUAUAAUGAACCACCCAGGGCAGAUUGGGAAUGUCUAUGCCCCAGUCCUUGACUGCCACACCCCUCACAUUGCUGUCAAAUUUGCUGAGAUUUUAACCAAGAUUGACAGGCGGUCUGGUAAGGAGCUGGAGAAGGAGCCAAAGUUCUUAAAAAAUGGUGAUGCUGGGUUUGUAAAAAUGAUUCCCACUAAGCCUAUGGUGGUUGACACUUUCUCUGAGUAUCCUCCUCUGGGGAGGUUUGCUGUCAGGGACAUGAGGAAGACGGUUGCAGUUGGUGUCAUCAAGAGUGUGGAGAAGAAGGAUCCAACUGGAGCCAAGGUUACCAAACCGGCGGCAAAGAAAAAGUGAACCAAGAAGAGCUCUGCAUUGGUGGGGCUUGGAGUCGCCAGUCGCCUUGGUAUCGUCAGUUAUGGUCAUUGUGUGUGCGAGCGGCGAUGCUAGGUGUUGGCUUAUCAUUUAUUUAUAUUACAUAUGGUUGUGUUGUCGAAGACAACGGCUUGAUUUUUGUUCUGUGCUAGUAGGUAAUUUGAGAUAAUGUCUCUUUUAGGUUUUCUUAUCCGUGGACUUGGAAUAUUAUUAAAUGAGAAAGAGCUUUGGUUUUGAAA